CGUAGACGAACUUCAGCCUGACAAUCCGGUGGAACUGAUCUUUGCAUUAUAUAAAUACCCAGGACCCUCAGUAAUCCAACUAACCGCCAGAUGCUCACCCGCCUAGUAACACCCGCUCCGCUGCGACUCCUCAACACUUUCUCUAAACACCAACAACCGGUCCUCAAGCCCCCCCAGCUCUCCCGCAAAAUGUCCACCUUCACCCUGCCCAAAUCCGUCUUCAACCCCUCUCUGUACCACAGAGCCCGAGACAUCUGGUUCAAAGACCAGCCUCUCUCCAAACGCAGCGUCGACAUCUCCGUCCUCAAGAGGUGGUUCCUCCUCGCCGGCGACGACCGCGACGCCUUCGACUCCGUAUGCGCGCGCAACUUCAGCGAAGCCCUCGACGCCAUAUCCCCAGAGAGGUUUCCGAAUCCGUCCGCUGAGCCCUUUUUGCGGGAAAUCGAGGAUAUCCUGGAAGGCAGGAAUGCGGACGAAAGAGUAGCAGCGAGGGGCAAAGAUGAGGCUGCGUGGACGGCGCUGAGCUUGGUGAUUCUGCUGGAUCAGAUGUCGAGGAAUCUGUUUCGCACGAGUGAGGGGCUGCGGAAGGUGUAUGCGCAUUACGAUGUCAUUUCCAAGGGCUUUGUUGAUGCGCUCAUGGCGCCGAAGUCCCCGCUCGGUCGCAUCGAUGAGUACCCGCUCUGGAAGGACUCGAUAGGUUAUAGACACUGGUUCUACAUGCCCUGGAUGCACUCCGAGGACCCGGAGGCGCACGAGCGGCUCGAGACGAUAUUGGGGAAGUUGUCGGAGGAGGAGAAGGAGGAAGAGGUGCGGGCGUUUAUUGCUUCGGAAGUGGAUGCUGCCAGGAAACAUAAGGAUAUCAUUGAUAGGUUUGGGAGGUAUCCGCAUAGGAAUGGAGCACUUGGAAGAGAAUCGACAGAAGAGGAGAAGCAGUUUCUGCGGAGUGGAGGCGAUACGUUUGGGGUGAAGCAGGAUCACGAGGACAAGGCAACAUAGGAGAGUGUGUUGUAGGUUGCAGACCCAAUUUCGAUUGUAGGAUAUUCAUGACGGUCAUAAUGUCUGGGCAUUGAGAUACAAGAAAGACGUGACACAUCGCAGCAAUUUGCCCAUAUACC